UAUUCAAUCAUUUUUAAGAUUUGUCUUGUGUGUAUGUAUUUACUUCUAGCAAUCGGCUGUUGUAGGCGAACUGAAAACAUCAAUUGUCGGCGCCUGUGAAAUAAAACACAAAAAAUACAAUUUAUAAAAUAAAGACUUAAUUUUAAUUAAUAGGACUAUACUGUUCACUAUGUCUGUAUCAACUGUAGAACAUAUUCCAACUACGUCACGCAUUGUGACACGCAGAUCGCUUGAAAAUCUACACAAAAUCGAUUUGGUGGGCAGGACAUCCCAUCAAAUCACUGGCGCAAAACUUCCGUCAAACAAACAGUUACUGCAAGUAUUUUUCUACAACAUGAGAUUUGUAGAUCUUAAUGCAAAAGAUAGCGCCAAGUUGGCUAUCAAUGCAGCAAAAAUAUUUUGGCAGCAGGCGAAAAUUCCUACUCGAGAAGACCACAAAUGUGCGGACAAGUUGAUAAAACUAUAUGAAAAUUGGAAAUCGAUUCAAAAGACGGCUCCUAAUAAGAGAUCUAAUGCACAGAAGAGAAUUGCCGAGGAAUAUGUGAACAAUUUAGAGGAUCUGUUUGAUAUCGCCACAGCUGAUGCAUUAGACACUAUGAAAAUUUGGGAAGGCAAACAAUUUUUGGAAAUGCAAAGACAGAAAGGACGUCCUGGCUGCAUGACAGGUGUUGAUAUGGUUUUAUAUGGAAGAGAAAAAAGAGCACAAGAGCGGCUACACAAAGAACAAGAACGCAAAAGGAAACAUCACGAACAAACAUCCCAAGAAUCGGCCGUUGUCAAUUUGAUGGAUUGGAAUGAUUCAGAUAAUGAGAAUGAAAUACCAUUUGGCGAACCAGACAUCAAUGAAAGUGAAACAAGUUAUUAUAUGGAAGAAGUGGAAUCCAUGGUAUUUGAAUCAAAUGCUAGUUCUUCUGCUGUUAAAAGAGGUCGGAAGCACUUUAUAACUUCUCGUUUGGUAGCUGCGUUAGACAACGCAUAA